GGGUUUGUCACGUGGCCCGGGGCUCGUCUGUUUGCGGAAGUAGAAGGAAGUAGAAGUGCUGAGUAAGCCGAGGUCCCUCCAGGCCCAGAAUCCGGGGAGCAGCGCUGGUGGGGAGCCACCUGGGUGCCCGUGCAGGAAACCGCCGUGCGUGGUGAGGUGGGCAUGGGAGACCGAGCCCGGCUGACCAGAGACCCCGUUUUCUUCCAGACUGAGGGUGAAGGUGGCGGGGCCUCCCUGCCGGCCCCGCGGAGGAUGCAGUUCUUUGGCCGCCUGGUCAACACCCUCAGCAGCGUCACCAACUUGUUCUCCAACCCAUUCCGGGUGAAGGAGGUGGCCGUGGCGGACUACAGCUCGAGCGGCCGGGUCCGGGAAGAAAGGCAGCUGAUUCUGUUCCAGAACGCUCCCAGUCGCACGUGGGACUGCAUCCUGGUCAACCCCAGGAACCCCCAGAGUGGAUUCCGACUCUUCCAGCUGGAGACAGAGGCCGACGCCCUGGUGAACUUCCAGCAGUAUUCUUCCCAGUUGCCGCCCUUCUACGAGAGCUCCAACCACAUCCUGCACGUUGAGGUCCUGCAGCAGCUGACCGACCUCAUCCGUAACCACCCCAGCUGGUCGGUGGCCCACCUGGCGGUGGAGUUGGGGAUCCGAGAGUGCUUCCAUCACAGCCGCAUCAUCAGCUGCGCCAACAGCAGGGAGAAUGAGGAGGGUUGCACUCCCCUGCACCUGGCCUGCCGCAAGGGCGACUGGGAGAUCCUGGUGGAGCUGGUGCAGUACUGCCACGCCCAGAUGGACGUCACCGACAACAACGGAGAGACCGCCUUCCAUUAUGCUGUCCGGAGUGACAAUUCCCAGGUGCUGCAGCUCCUAGGGAAGAACGCAUCGGCUGGCCUGAACCAGGUGAAUAACCAAGGGCUGACCCCGCUGCACCUGGCCUGCCAGCUGGGGAAGCAGGAGAUGGUCCGUGUGCUGCUGCUGUGCAACGCUCGCUGCAACAUCAUGGGGCCCAGCGGCUACCCCAUCCACAUGGCCAUGAAGUUCUCCCAGAAGGGGUGUGCUGAAAUGAUUGUCAGCAUGGACAGCAGCCAGAUCCGCAGCAAAGACCCUCGCUAUGGAGCCAGCCCCCUCCACUGGGCCAAGAACGCAGAGAUGGCCCGCCUGCUGCUGAAACGGGGCUGCGACGUGAACAGCACCAGCUCCGUGGGGAACACAGCCCUGCACGUGGCCGUCAUGCGCAACCGCUUCGACUGCGUCAUGGUGCUGCUGACGCACGGGGCCAACGCCGAAGCCCGGGGCGAGCACGGCAACACGCCGCUGCACUUGGCCAUGUCGAAAGACAACAUGGAGAUGAUCAAGGCCCUCAUUGUGUUUGGGGCAGAGGUGGACAUCCCGAAUGACUUUGGAGAAACUCCUGCGUUCAUAGCCUCCAAGCAUAGCAAACUCGUCACCAGGAAGGCGCUCCUAACUCUGCUGAGAACCGUGGGGGCCGACUACCGCUCCCCACUCAUCCCAGCAGUCUCGGCGGAGCAGUGCUCCGCAGCAACGCACUCCUCCUUCUCCCCGGAAAGAUCUCAGCCCCCAGGGAUCAGCUUCAACAACCUAGAACUGCAGGACCUCAUGCACAUCUCCCGGGCCCGGAAGCCGGCCUUCAUCCUGAGCUCCAUGAGGGACGAGAAGCGGACCCGCGACCACCUGCUCUGCCUGGACGGAGGGGGCGUGAAAGGCCUCGUCAUCAUCCAGCUCCUCAUCGCCAUUGAGAAGGCCUCGGGCAUCGCCACCAAGGACCUCUUUGACUGGGUGGCGGGGACCAGCACGGGGGGCAUCCUGGCCCUGGCCAUCCUGCACAGCAAGUCCAUGGCCUACAUGCGUGGCAUGUACUUUCGCAUGAAGGAUGAGGUAUUCCGGGGCUCUCGGCCCUACGAGUCGGGGCCCCUGGAGGAGUUCCUGAAGCGGGAGUUUGGAGAGCACACCAAGAUGACGGAUGUCAAGAAACCCAAGGUCAUGCUGACAGGGACACUGUCCGACCGGCAGCCGGCUGAACUCCACCUCUUCCGGAAUUACGAGGCUCCAGAGGGUGUACGGGAGCCUCGUGUCGGCCAGAACGUUAACCUAAAGCCUCCAACUCAACCCUCAGAGCAGCUGGUGUGGCGGGCAGCCCGGAGCAGUGGGGCAGCCCCCACCUACUUCCGGCCCAGCGGGCGCUUCCUGGAUGGCGGGCUGCUGGCCAACAACCCCACGCUGGACGCCAUGACGGAGAUCCAUGAGUACAACCAGGACUUGAUCCGCAAGGGUCAGAGCAACAAGGUGAAGAAGCUCUCCAUUGUCGUCUCCUUGGGGACAGGGAGGUCCCCGCAGGUGCCUGUGACCUGUGUGGACGUCUUCCGUCCCAGCAACCCCUGGGAACUGGCCAAGACUGUUUUUGGGGCCAAGGAACUCAGCAAGAUGGUGGUGGACUGUUGCACAGAUCCGGAUGGGCGGGCCGUGGACCGGGCCCGGGCCUGGUGCGAGAUGGUUGGCAUCCAGUACUUCAGAUUGAAUCCCCAGCUGGGGACAGACAUCAUGCUGGACGAGGUCAGUGACACGGUGCUGGUCAACGCCCUGUGGGAGACUGAGGUCUACAUCUACGAGCACCGGGAGCAGUUCCAGAAGCUCAUCCAGCUGCUACUCUCACCGUGAGGCCGCCAGGCCCCCAGCCGUCCCCACCCCACCCCGCCCACCCAGGCCCAGCUGGGAGGCUGGGCGAGGCCCAACCACCGCUGGGAGGCUGGGCAGAGCCAGGCCCAGGCGGCUCUGUGUCCACAGACCCGGCCUAGGGGGGCGCCGGGCUUCCUGCCUAAGGCUGGUCCUCAGGCCUCUCUCCCCCCCCCUCUGUCCCCGCCUGCUGGCACUUUGUGUCCUUCCAGCUUAGAAAGCCUCAAGCCUCACUCAGGCUGCUCCCUGACCCCCAAGGUGGCUCAAACACUAAGGCCUCCCAGAGGGCCCAGGUUCUUCCCGGGCCCCUGGAGCUGCAGAGACCCCUUCUACCCUCUGCCCUCUCCGCUGGGGGUGGAGCUAGAGAAACGGGCCAUCACCACCCCAUCGGGAGGGGAAACCUAGGAGUGGGGUGUCCCAUUCGACUUUGCCCCUCCACAUACCCAGCCGCCCACCCACGAGCUCUCUGCAGCUCUCAGAGGUCGCUCCCGUGACGUCAGUUAUCCUUCCCGACAGGAAGUGGUUUACGACAGGAGAGGGGCCCCAGGGGCUGCCCCAAGCUGUGAAAUAAAUGGUUCGAUUCUGGUUU